AUGUCUGCAGGCAACGGCACCCCUUGGGCAGCAGCGGGGGAGGAGGUCUGGGCUGGAUCAGGAGUGGAGGUGGAGGGCUCAGAGCUGCCCACCUUCUCGGCAGCAGCCAAGGUCCGAGUGGGAGUGACCAUUGUGCUGUUUGUUUCUUCGGCUGGAGGGAACCUGGCAGUCCUGUGGUCAGUGACACGGCGGCAACCCAGCCAGCUCCGCCCCUCUCCGGUCAGGAGACUCUUCACCCAUUUAGCAGCCGCCGACUUACUAGUCACUUUUGUGGUUAUGCCCCUAGAUGCCACCUGGAAUAUCACUGUUCAAUGGCUGGCUGUGGACAUCGUAUGUCGGACACUCAUGUUCCUGAAACUAAUGGCCACGUAUUCUGCAGCUUUCCUGCCUGUGGUCAUUGGAUUGGACCGCCAGGCAGCAGUACUCAACCCGCUUGGAUCCCGUUCAGGUGUAAGGAAACUUCUGGGGGCAGCCUGGGGACUUAGUUUCCUGCUUGCCUUGCCCCAGCUGUUCCUGUUCCACACCGUCCACUGAGCUGGCCCAGUCCCUUUCACUCAGUGUGUCACCAAAGGCAGCUUCAAGGCUCAAUGGCAAGAGACCACCUAUAACCUCUUCACCUUCUGCUGCCCCUUUCUGCUGCCACUGACUGUCAUGGCCAUCUGCUAUAGCCGCAUUGUCCUCAGUGUGUCCAGCCCCCAGACAAGGAAGGGGAGCCAUGCCCCUGCUGGUGAAUUUGCCCUCCCCCGCUCCUUUGACAAUUGUCCCCAUGUUCGUCUCCGGGCCCUGAGACUGGCCCUGCUUAUCUUGCUGACCUUCAUCCUCUGCUGGACACCUUAUUACCUACUGGGUAUGUGGUACUGGUUCUCCCCCACCAUGCUAACUGAAGUCCCUCCCAGCCUGAGCCACAUCCUUUUCCUCUUGGGCCUCCUCAAUGCUCCUUUGGAUCCUCUCCUCUAUGGGGCCUUCACCCUUGGCUGCCGAAGAGGGCACCAAGAACUUAGUAUAGACUCUUCUAAAGAAGGGUCUGGGAGAAUGCUUCAAGAGGAGAUUCAUGCCUUUAGACAGCUGGACGUACAAAAAACUGUGACAUCAAGAAGGGCAGGAGAAACAAAAGGCAUUUCUAUAACAUCUAUCUGA